UUUUACUUUAUUUUUCCUGGUUGUGAAUAUUUAAAAAUGUGAUGGAAAUCCCUUUUAUCUGCUUCUUUUCUGUUACCCUCUUCUAUAUCGUAUGACUAUACUGUUUUACCUAAUUUAAUUUCCCGCGAAACAAUUGCGCAUGUGCCUGCCUAAAUCUGAGCGCGGUAUUGUAUUUUUAUAGUCAUGCGGUUAAACCCAAACUAUUAGAUCAUAGCAAAAUAAUUAUGUAACUAGACCAUAUAGAACCUUAUCAGAUAAUAAAUAUGUAUUAUUUACAGUAAAACCUCAUUUGUUUAUCCCCAAAAACUGUCAAAAGUGAAAUUGCUGUGUCAGUGAUUAUUGACCAAACAGUAGGUACGAAGCGACGACGAUGUCAUAGUGCCCCUACAGUAGGUAAAUUGUUGUUCCCACGUCUUUAGAUCUAGAAUUCGUGAACAAUGUCGCACCAUCAGAUUCAAUCUCAAAACCCAGAUAAGGACAAACCGGAGAAGGAGAAAAAGAGGCGUGUGCCCUUGUACCCCGGGUUCCCGGAGCUGGCGCGGUCUGACGUCAGCAUACACCCUGCUUACUCUAAAUUGGCUUUAGCAUACCGAGUAGUAUGCCGCCACCGCUACCAUUGGGCUAAAAUAGCCCAGCGCAAGCAAUUCAUGAAGGAGUUGCACAGUUUUGAGAAACUGCAGUCUAACGCCCUGGAUGGUGUGAGAGUGCAUCGAGAGUUCUCGCAAGGAAUACUUUCGCACACCAUACCACCACGACGAUACAUUCAGAAGUUGACGCCCGACCCCCUAACGUCAAAGCAAAGAAUGCGCGUGGAAGAAAUAAUUAGCGGAAGAGUGAACUUCAGUCAGAAAUAAUGCACCAUUUAUGUUUCUUUUAGGGUUGGCAACAGGCUGCCAACUACUGUGCUUAUCAUUGCGCACCUUCAUGCCUCCACCAUCUUCAAAAAAUGAAUCUUGAGAAUGAAGAAUGUGAAAAGUUGGUGGAAGGUUUUAUCUCUGGCUUACGGCAGCAUGGUGUUGGUCUAUGUGCACAAGCCCUUAUUCUCCAUAAAAGCCUGAAUACCAAAUAGUUAAUCCUAGAGAGGAGUUUCAUUUUAGUUGUCACAAUUACUGGAAAUAAAACACUACAAUCAACUUA